UGAAUCCGGUCUGGAGGUUCAUCACGUCAUGCCCAAUGGUCGAGUUGCUCGUGAGGGUUUCCUGGCUGUAGGUGAUCGUAUACUGAGUAUCGAUGGAGUCUCCCUCAUCGGUGUUCCAUUCGAGCAGGGUCGUGAUCUAUUUCAAGCAGCUUUAAAGAAACCCGAACUGACAUUGCAAAUCCAACGUAAAUCCGCCCGUCUGUCCUCGGAUGACAUGGAGAAGAAAAAAUCCGCCCUACCGUCCUGUCGACUUAUAAUCGUGCCCGAUAUGAGCGAGAAAGCCAAAGAGGCCGAAGCUUUGUCUGCUCGUAGCACCAGCAAACCAGCUCCUCCACCCCCACCGAGACGUUCACCGAAUACCGUUCUGACUCGUAUCCCGGCCGGGAUUAUUCCCCCGCUUAUUGAGGAAUUCUUGCAAGAGCAUAAUCGAGUCACUGCACACUCGAAUGAACCACCGCCA